AUUAAUAUCAUACAACCUGUCUCCAUGGCGGCACCCACUUGGCUAGCAUCAUUCACUGCGACCUUAUUAUUACCAUCGCUUUUCCCACUUCCCCGUUCCAUAGUGACGGAAGUUUAAUAUUCCCCUCUUCUUCCCUAUUUGGUUGCCCGGGUUCCUGGGUCAGUCGUUCGCUUUGAGUGCUAGAUUCACUUAGUUACUUCAUCACUAUUUAAUUGAUUAAGAACCCCCCCGACUCUACCCGCCUUCUCAUCCCCAGGUCACACACACGCAAGAGUCUUCUUUCGUUUGGACUCUUGCUGCACCCUCGUUCAAGUCGCCUUGUCAUACCCCCCAUACCAACCACACCAUGUAUCGCACCUUCGCUACUGCUGCACUGGCUGCAGUGCUGCCCUUUACCGCCGCGCAGACCUACACGGACUGCGACCCUCUCAACAAGACAUGCCCUGCUGAUACGGCCUUGAGCACUACCACUUUCACCACCGACUUUACCUCUGGCUCUAUGUCCGGCUGGACUACUACCGCCGACAAUGUGACCUUCACUUCUGAGGGUGCUGAGUUCAUCAUCACCGAGUCGGGCCAAGCCCCCACCAUUGAGACGGACUUCUACUUCUUCUUCGGAAAGGCUGAAGUUGUCAUGAAGGCUGCCGCCGGUACCGGUAUCUGCAGUGCUAUCGUCUUGGAGUCGGACGUUCUCGACGAGAUCGACUGGGAGGCUCUUGGUGGUGAUACUACUCAGAUUGAGACCAACUACUUCGGCAAGGGUGAUACUUCCUCCUACGACCGUGCUACCUGGGCAACCGUGUCGACCCCCCAGGACACCUUCCACACCUACACUGUUGAGUGGACCGAGUCGUCGACCACCUGGAGCAUCGACGGCACCGCCGUGCGCACCCUCAACUACGCUGAUGCUCAGAGCGGUACUCGCUACCCCCAGACUCCCAUGCGCCUGAAGCUCGGUAUCUGGGCUGCUGGUGACUCCUCUGAGCCCGCUGGUACCAUUGAGUGGGCUGGUGGUGAGACCGACUAUGCUGAUGGCCCCUUCACCAUGAUCAUCUCGUCCGUCACUAUCACCAACUACAACCCUGGCUGCACCUACACCUACUCCGACGAGACUGGUGACUACAGCAGCAUUGUUGUCAACACCGACUCCUGCAACAUUACCUCCAGCUCCAGCUCCAGCUCCAGCACCUCCAGCACCUCCAGCACCAGCACCAGCACCAGCACCGGCACCGGCUCCGGCUCCGGCUCCAGCACCUCCGGUGCCGCUGCCGCCAGCUCCUCCGCCGCCGUCAUCGGCUCCGGCUCUACCAUUGGCUCCUCCAGCAGCAGCUCCCCCGCCGCCGCCUCGAGCUCUAUCUCUGUUUCUACCAGCGCCUCUGCUAGCGCCUCUCCCAGUGUUUACACCGGUGCUGCUACUCAGGUUGGCGCCUCGGCCAGCGUUCUCUUCGCUGGUCUCCUCGCUGCCCUUCUGUAAAUUGACCCUCGAUCAACCCCGAUAUAAUCCUCCGAUUAUAUCUGCUCUUGAUCAAACCUUUCUCUUCCCUUUCCGGGCGUUUGGAAACAUUCACCCCCUCUUUUCGCUGCUUUCAUUGCAUAGCU